UACAGACUGAGGUGUUGUUGCUGUUGGUAACAGGUGGUUCUAGGUCUCUGACAGACGGACCACCCGGCCGGCUGUUCUGGUCGCUUAUCUGGCUGGGCAUUUUCGACGGCAGUCGGCAGCUUGCACCAGAUUGCCAUGGUGUAUUGUCAGGCUGUGAAGAUGUCGUGUCAAAUGAUAACACGGUGGGCUAGCGAUGUUCGGAGCGGCAGUUGCUGUUUACAAACAUUGCCCGGAGAAACGUAUCGAGACUACCCGUUGGUGAGGUUGUUGAGACGGGAUCGGGCUGAAGGACUUGCCAAGCACAGAACGGGCAGGGGGAUGGGCGGGAGCGCACUGUUAAUUUUGGACAGCCCACGGCACUAAUUUUAAGCGAACAGCUCAGUAGUGCACUAACAGCUUACCUCAAUUCAACUCUAACCUGACAUCACCUGCACCCUGAACCCUGCGCCCAAAGCUGCCAUCGCAAAUCCGGAACCUAUCCUUCAAUUUCAACAACUAAAACCGAUUAAAAGCCCGAUAUACAAGAAGAAUUCACACGCAAUUACAACAUGGGGAUGACGCCAAACUCCCGUCCUGAUAUCUACCAUUACCCAUUUUUCAUCCUCAAAAACCCUUUCCGAUACCCCUCACUCUAAAACCAAGACUCUGGAGCUCCAGCCUGUUCACCACAUUCCGCCCAUCGAACACCCAACGCGGCUCCUGCAUCAUGCCGGCCACCUCGGCCCAGUCCACUGGCUCCUGAUCAUGAGCCUCUGCGCUCCCGAUGCGGCAAUGUGAACACUCUUCGGGGCAGGGCGCAAGCGGUGCCAGUCUUUCCAAUGGGUCAUCACCGGUAGUCGCCGACGACUUGUCUCUCACGAGCUCCUCCAGUGCCAAGAUGUCCAUUUCGCUGAUAUCAGCUUUGUCUGCCACACAGCUUGUCGCCCAGUCAGCUGCCAGUUUCCGUGCCUUCUUGUUGCUAGACGUGGCCGAGCCAAGCUUGCGGCCCCGGAAUUGUUUCCACGGUGUCAGGAUACACACGGCACUUGCUUCCUGGACGCAAUCCCUCCAGUUGGUCAAGAUCUUGAUGCGCUCGAGCUGGCUUGCGGUCAAGCCCGCCUUCUCGACCUCUUCACGGAUCUCGGCCGACGCACAGCCGGGAUCGAAGAUGGCAAUCUCGCGCGGCAUCUCCAUGGCCAGAUCUUUGAUGACGUGAACAGCAAUGCUGUUGCGCGUGUCAUUAGUACCAUCCUUGAAGGCGAAUCCUAGGAUGGCAAUCUUCUUCCCUCGAAGUGAUCCGUUGAGCUCGCGCACAACAUUGCGAGCAUAACGCCGCCGUUGGUCUUCAUUCAUUCUCAGCACAGCAAGCCAGUAGUCGGCCACCACAUCAAGAUGGAGCUCCCUUGCAAGAUAGGCCAAGUUGAGGAUAUCCUUUUCGAAGCAGGAGCCCCCAAAUCCCACGCCAGCCUGGAGGAAUUUGGAACCCAGUCGUGCGUCCUUUCCGAUGGCGAGGCUAACGUCUUCGACGUCUGCUCCAAGCCCAAGCUCCUCGCACAUGGCGCUGACUGCAUUGACACUGCUGAUACGCUGAGCAAGCAUGGUGUUUGCCACAAGCUUGGCCAGCUCACUGCUGAAGGUGUUGACAGUCACGAUGCGAGCCGCAGGCACCCAAGCUCCGUACACGUCCUUGACAACGGCGGCAGCACGGAGACCUGCAAGUGUCUGGGCACUACCGAUAAGAAUUCGGUCAGGGUGCAUGAGGUUUUCCACAGCCGUGCCCUCGGCUAGGAAUUCCGGGUUGGAAAGCACCUCAAACUCGACAUCUGGCCGGUAGUAUCGAAGCUGUGUUUUCAAGUCAGCAAACUGCUUCCGGUUCAGACUACAUGGCAGCGACUCACAAUAUCCUGGAUCAUCUGUGCGGUUCCACAUGGAACAGUACUCUUCUCAACAAUGAUGGCUCCUUCCUUGGCAUGCUUGGCCACAGUCCGCGUUGCGCUUUCGAUUGCGCUCACAUCAGCCAUGGAACCCGCGCCAAUACCGUGUGUUUUAGUGGGUGUGUUGACGCAGAUGAAAAUGAUGUCGGCUUCCUCGAUAGCGUCCACCACACGGGUCGAGAAUACCAAGUUGGGCUGCCGUUGCUUCAAUUCGAUAGCCCUGGGCAGUCCGGGCAGUACCAAUGUCUUGUUCAGCGCGCCGUCUCGUGCCGUUCGUACCACUUUGAGCAGGCCAUCCUCGUGGAUGGGAAGAUGGGCCGAGUUCCACGACUUGAUUCGUUCCUCGUUAAGGUCGACGACAUUGACCUGGAUCUGUGGGUUGUGGUAGGCAAUGACAGCAGCCGUCGGUCCUCCUGUCAACAUGUCAGUCUCAAUGGGUCCCAAACAGCGGGGAUAGGCAACGACAUACCGACGAAACCAGCGCCGACGAAGCAGACACUGCGUACGACCCCAAAACGCGGCUGCCCGUCGAGUGAGCCCUCCACCGGAGAGAUCCUCCCACUAUCAUCUGCUUGUUUGGCCUGGAGCUUAGGAGAGCCAGCGUCGGAGCUGGGAGGCGAGGUGUCUGGUGUAUCUCGAUUCCACGGGCUCACUGUCCAUGAUCCUGGUGUCGAGCUCCCCGGACUAAAGGUUGACGCUAUCGAGUGUGAGCUUGGUAACGACCUCGGGAGUCGAGGGGGCAUCUUGGGCCUUGCUGGUGAGCUGGAGGCGUCCAUGGGCAGCUUUGGCUUCCGUGUUUCGGCGGCUCAGACAAAAAGUCUUUCUGCUGCAGGACCUAUGGUUCUUCAAGAGUCGUCUUGGUAAUACAAUGCAGCAGACGAAGUGAAGAAUUCUCGGCGCGAAAAGUUCGGCAUGAUCAAAGGAUGAACAUAUAUACCAUCACACCCAGCAAGUACGUCAAUGGCGGUCCUUCUCUGCCCAUCGGAAUAACGCCAGCAAUAACAUUGGUCAAGACACACCUCCGGACUAAUGCUGUGUAUGCCCACCCACGCCGUUGCGGGCCCCUUUCCUCGAACCCCUGGAGCAAACAGAUCUCAGCUAUCGAGAUCAUCGUCAACAGGCAGCCUUGGAUCAAGGAAACGCCGAUGCCAUCACCCUCACCAAGUCACCGCUCCGAGUGCUGAUGAUCCUGUCUCCCGGAUGAGUCUGCCCGGCAUAGCACCUUCGCUUCCUCUUUCGGACAGGCCAGAAUACAAACGGAAGGUCCAAGGAUCUCGAUGGCUGCUGAAGUGUCGGCAGACCCAAGCCGGAUGCUGGCUGCAGUUGGCGGCUGGGCUCGGAUGUAUUGACCCGUUAUCUCUCGGGGAAGUAUUCUGUACCGUACAUGGUGUUGCCCGAAAGGCCCGACCUGGGGAAUUGUGCGGAUGUGCUGUCUCAUGAGACAACCAAGAUUUCCGUCUUGGCGUAAAAGCCACCGACAAACUCGAGGUGGGAUGAACUGGGAAGAGAAAAAAGGAAUUGUCCAGUAGUGCCAGAGCACUUGAUUGAUGGCGCCAUUGGCGUCCAUUGGCGUCUGCCAGACGAUCACUAUUCCCUGCUGGGCUGGUGCGGCUCAGGCCGCCUAUCUUUGUUUGCCGAUCCGCGACAUGCCAUUGGCUUUUCAGGGGUUCGGAUCUCCAGGCCCAACAUCUCUUGGCGGGCUUUACUGGGAUGACUUGGCAAUAUCACAGAUAGUGUUGUCGAUCUGAGCAUUUUGUCGAGGCAAAUGGCGGCUUUUCCCCCCUGCUGACGGGCGAACCUUACUAUUCCACAAUCGCAACCGACAGCAGUGGGCCAUCAGGCUGGACUUGAGAGGAGGGACGAAAGGUCUCUCUGUCUACCUGUAGUUUUCUUUGCAGUCUCACGUUCCUGACUUACCUCGUGCCGGACUCGGCACGGGAGAAGGGGCGUUUAUGUGUAGUAGCUCGUGGUGGCGCCUGCUGUAGCACCCAGCAGCUUCCGUAACACGCAGGGGCCAACCCGAGGUGUGUUGCGUCGCCCCUGAGCCCGACAGCGCUUGAAAGCAGUGGAACAUCCGCCAGUGGUGCGCGCCAGAUCAAUCUUGCGGCUGGGGCUGAUUGGACCUGUCUGUCUGGGUCUCUAGCGGGCUGGGCAGUGUGCAUCACGGUGGCAUACGAGGAUGGCCGGGGGACGCAGAGAGCCCGGUGUCAGCUUGGCCCUGCUUUAUCAGUACGGAGCACUGUCCUGUUCCCUGACAUCUCUGACAACCUGGAACAUCCACGACAACCGCGCCCAUUUGCCCCGAGUUACACUCCGUCAACACGAUGCAGUGCCUGGGCCACGCAAUUGUCCUGGUUCUAUUAUGCAUCAAACAGACUUCUGCAAGCUCUGGCUCGUACGAUGCAACCGUCUGCAACCAAAAGACUUAUACGAGCCGAUCGGGCGAGUUGAUAUAUGUUCCAAAUGCGUGGAAUCCUGACGGCCAGGGCUUUCAGUGCAUGUCGGAUUCCCAGGUUCGAGACUCACCGCCGGCCUUUGAUGCCACUUGGAAAUGGCCCUCGGCGGCGGAUACGGUGCACUCCUACCCCCACGUUAAGCUGACAGCCCCGGCUCUCCCCGUCACGCUAUCCAACAUCUCGGCAAUGCAUCUGACAGGGAAAUGGUCCAUGGGGGCGGGAUCGACACCGGCACCGAGACUGAGUGUUGAUACCUCAGCCUUGGCCGACCUUGACGUGACGGCUAAUGUGGCCUUCGACAUGUUUGCUGAUCGCAAUGCGGACAAGUCUGUCAAGGAAACCAUGGCCGAGACGGAAAUCAUGAUUUGGCUCGGGAGAUUUGGACAUGCGCAGCCUCUUGGAUGGAACGAAAACAGACCUCGCAUAAGUCUCACCUUGGGCAAUGUGGACUUCACCUUGUACUACGGAAAAAACCAGAGAGGUACCAACGUAUUCUCGUGGGUGGCCGAGGGAAACGCGCUGAGCUUCUCGGCAGAGGUCUCGCCCCUUUUGCAAUACCUCUGGCGCGAAGGCCUUGUCUCAGCUGGCUCGUUUGUCGGCGUGGUGGCUUUUGGAUCAGAAGCAUUCCGUUCUGUGGAAAAUGUCACCUUUUCGGCCACGGACUUCGAUAUGGUGCUCGACACCGGAGCAGCCCCAACACUGCCGCCCGAGGAGCUUCCCAAGUCCAAGUCAGGUGCUGCUCGGGCCGCCCCAGACACUCGAGCAGCAUCAUGGUCAUGGACAUGGUUGGUAGUGUUGAACAUGUCGAUCAUCGGAAGUGUUGGUGCUGUACUAUUAUAA